CCCCUCCAAAAAAAAAACUAACACAAAACUUGGGUUUUGGGUUUAGCUAACUUGUUUAAGAAGUCGCAGCUUGUGAGAAACCGCGAUUUUGAGAAGAUCUUGCAGCAUGCCUACCGUGAGUGUAGGGCGGGAUCGUCUGUUUGCAGCUCUAGGAAAAACUUACACACAAGAGGAAUUUGAAGACCUAUGCUUCAGUUUUGGAAUUGAGCUUGACGAUGUUACUACAGAAAAAGCAAUUGUAAGAAAAGAGAAGCAUUUAGAACAAGAAGAAGCUGAUGAGGAUGAAGAAGUUAUCUAUAAAAUUGAAAUUCCUGCUAAUAGAUAUGACUUACUCUGCCUUGAAGGAUUGGCUCAAGCCCUCCGAGUUUUCUGUGGGUUCCAGGAAAUCCCUACUUACAAAUUGGCUGACAUUAGUAAGGAUGCAAUGCAUAAAAUACAUGUAAAGCCAGAGACAUCUCUAAUUCGUCCAUAUGUUGUUUGUGCUGUAUUAAGAGGUUUAACUUUUGAUAAAGCGAGAUACAACAGCUUUAUUGAUCUCCAAGACAAGCUUCACCAAAAUAUUUGUCGGCGAAGAACUCUUGUUGCCAUUGGCACUCAUGAUCUGGAUAAACUGGAAGGUCCUUUUACCUACGAGGCUUUACCACCUUCGAGUAUUAACUUUACGCCUCUCAAACAGGAAAAGAGCUUCAGGGCUGAUGAGCUCAUGGAGUUUUACAAAUCAGAUUUGAAACUGAAGAAAUUCUUGCAUAUAAUUGAGGACUCUCCUGUUUAUCCAGUUAUAUAUGAUAGUAAGAGUCAGUGCCUGAGGAUUGGGCCAAUUUGUUUCGUUAGUGGGGAUCCUCGUCUUUCACCAGUUGUUACCAAGUUCUUAAACCGGAUGCAAUUGCAUGCUAAGCAAUCUACAUCUGACAAUAAACAGUGCAACUUUAUUGUAUCUGUACCUCCUACUAGAAGUGAUGUUCUUCAUCCAUGUGAUGUUAUGGAGGAUGUUGCCAUAGCUUAUGGAUUCAAUGCUAUUAAGGAUCAAGCAAUAAUCGAUAAUAAGGGGUCUAAGAGAUUAGCUGCUUCCUUGACACUACUUCCUCUGCAGGAGCUGAGCGAUCUUAUCAGAAAAGAGGUUGCAAUGGUCGGGUUCACGGAGGUUUUGACCUUCAUACUCUGCUCUAAGAAAGAAAACUUUUCCAUGCUAAACCGCAAAGAUGAUAAAUCCAAAGCGGUUAUCAUUGGAAACCCUAGGUCUUCAGACUUCGAGGCUGUACGGACUAGUCUUAUGCCUGGUAUUUUGAAAACUGUUGCUCACAACAAGGAUCACCCAAAACCCAUAAAGAUUUUUGAAGUGGGUGAUAUAGCUAUUUUGGAUGACAAUGAUGUUGGUGCAAAAAAUCUCCGUCAACUUGCUGCACUAUACUGUGGUGCUAAUGCAGGAUUUGAGAUAAUUCAUGGCUUGGUGGACAGAGUAAUGGAAAAGAAUGGGAUUUCCUUUGUUUCACCUGGUGAUAAAUCAGGAUAUUAUAUUGAGCGGUCAGAUGAACCCGAGUUUCUUGCUGGUAGACAAGCUAGAAUUAUUUACAAGGGAAAGCAAGUUGGGACUUUUGGCAUUGUUCAUCCAGAGGUAUUAAACAACUUCGACAUUCCUGAUCCCUGCUCCUUUGUAGAACUCAACAUUGAAAGUUUCUUGUAAGGAUUAUUUUAAAUAAAUGUUGCCAUUGACUCCUGGAUAUUUUGAGUUUAUCAUUAAUUCAAUCUGGGAAUCAAGAUGCCCAGCUAGUUGAGUGACUAUUCAAUCGCCUUGAGCUUCAUACCUGGUUCUUGGGAUUUAGAAAUACAUUCCGGUAGCAGAAUGUAACUUAUCUGACCUAGAUCAAGGUUGUUUUGUUGAUUAUACAGUUCUGUUAUUCUCUUUGUUUGAGUUAUUCAAUUUCUUGUGUUCCGAACAUCAGAAGCCAUAAACUACACGGUAGGGGAUAAUUCUACCUUAAGUUUUAGAGCUUUUGUUGAAGACAAUUUUGUCUUUAAAACCAAGACAGAUUAAUAAUACAACUCUUGUAUA